AAUGAUAGCAGUUGAUGAAUUGAUCAUGCUUCAAAAGAGCCAUGGAAGGAAACGUUCUUUAAAAAUUCCGGUUACAAAAUUUCAUCAUUGGGUACUUCCUUUUUUAAAAGUUUCAUUGUCAUGAGCAUCAACUGCUGCAUAAUCUCGCCCAACGGGACCUCGCCUGUCCCCUUGCCACAAGAAAAGUUCUUUUUUCAACAGCACAGUGUGAAAGUAGUCCUAGACUGUAACGAAAAUGGUUAUCCCGGUAAUUCAGGCGGCUAUUGGCAAGGAACGGGUCAUGUUACGUUGACGAAUCAACGGAUCGUAUUUGUUGCGAAUCCUCCUUCGGCCGAGUUUUUGUCACUGGCAAUACCCAUUACCCACUUUAAGGGUUGGAAACUUGAACAGCCGUGGUUUGGCGCCAACUACGUGGCAGGUAUAGUGGUACCAGUCAUCGGAGGGGGGUUGAGCAAAGGCGGUACGGCGACUAUUACUUUUAAAGAAGGUGGAGCGAUUGAAUUUACAACGAUACUACAAGGGUUGAUGGAACGGAUGGCUGAAACGAACGAAAUGCCACAACAUUUUGAACCUUUACCAGCUUACGAAGCGGCGAGUGCAUCGCAGCCGCAGGCCUCCACCGCAGCAACCCAGCCCUACAAUGAUUUACCACCCAGUUAUGAUGAUCUCCAUUGAUUCCCGAAAAAACUACACAGUUUUUAAUGCAAAUCCAUAAAAAAUAAACCAAUGAUAUUCCGGCCCAACGGAAGAAAUGAAGAAUACAUGCAGAAAGACAUGAUCAUCAUCAACAGAGAUCUAUCACAAUCGAGUUGAGAAUGAAGUAAAAAAAAAAA